AUGGCGACAACGACGCCGGGCUCGCCGACCAGUUCCUCUUCCGACGAGGACGAGCGCACAUUCGACCCCCGAGCUCCACGAUCCAGCUACAGCUUAUGCACACGAAGCUGCUAUCAGUGCCCAAACUGCAUCGGUCCUGUGCAAGUUGUUGCUGUUCCAGAUGCUGCCGAGACAAAGCUACUCGGGCCUGACGGCGCGUCCAGCACAAGCACGGGGCCGUUUGCGCUCAUCUGUCAAUACUGCAACUGGUCCUCCCGCGAAAUCGGUAUAGAAUUCGAUCGCCACAGUGGCAUACACUCUCAAUUGUCUCGGGUUAACAAUGGCGGCGAGCAAAAGAUUACCGCCAAGGAAGUCAAAGAGCGUCGCAAAGAGACACACGACGACACCCCGCUCCCCGAUGACCAUUUCGAAGUUGAUGCCAACACUGAUAUGUGGGAUGAUGCACUCAAGGAUGAUGGCAGGGACCGCAGCGACGGCUCCAACCAGGUCGAAGUGGGCAAAGUUUGGGAACGAGGCCGCAACUGGGUAAGCAUAAUACUAGAGGUGGUCCCGGCCUCUUUGUCCAGCGACCCCGACAAGUUGCCGCUCAAAGAGGGCGAAGACAUUCUGGAAAUACCCAUGUUCGUGAGAAUGGAGUGGGAAUCUGAUGGUCAAAACGACAUGGGCACCCCACUGGGCAAGGAACGGGAUGCGCGGGAGAAGCGAGAACUGGCCUACUGGUGCGUACUAGGGGUGGGAAAAAUUGCACAGGAGUAA